UCUCGUCGCAAAGAAGGACCUCCUUAUAGUGCAUUUUGGGGAAUCAUAUCUGAAAAAACAUAGAAGAGAACGAAUGGUAUACGCAUGCAGCAGCCGAAUGAGAGAACUAUCACGUUUUCUCAUCGUUUUCCGAAGAAUUUCCGGGGACAAAGAUGUAUCACUGAAAGAAAUACUGACGCCGAGGAAAUUCGGUACAGCUCUCAGUGUUGUUCGAGAGAUCGCAGGAUACGAUCCCGUUAAAAAAACAUUUAAAACUCCUAGCCUUGCCAUGCACUUGGGGACAUCUUUAAAACACGUGUGCAAUGAAUUACGGCAAUUAGUACUGCAAGAGUCUGAGGGUUUCAGAUGUCCAUCGGGUAUUUCCACUAAAGAGUGGAUAGAAGAUAUAAGGAAUUUCACCAAAUUGAUUGAGACUCGUUGGACUAUCGAAUUAGCCUCGUUAGCCAACAAGGACUUGCAGGAAAAAAAAUGGAAUAAGCCAUUGUUAAUCCCCUUGGUAGACGAUAUUAUGAUAUUCAAGGAUGAGACUUUAAAACUUGCCGAGGAAUGUGUGUUAACUUUCAACCAAAACACUGAUAAUGCACAAACCUAUAAGACGUUAGUACACUGUACUUUGGCUCUGCUCAUUUUAUUCAACAGGAGAAGAAUAGGCGAUGUUCAAUUUCUAAAGAUAAAUGAUUACAGGAUCGAUCGAAAAACUGAAUCAAUUGAUUUUAAGAAUCUCUUAACAGAAUCAGAAAAACUCUUGACCAAAGAAUAUAAAAGGGUAGUGAAUUGCGGAAAAGGUUCAAGAGCAGUUGUGAUACUAGUACCUCAAAUUAUUCAAACAUUCAUCAACCUCCUACUCGAACGUCGGGUCAAAUACAUUUCUCCUGAUAAUGAUUAUGUGUUUGCUUUACCUGGCAGUACAGUGAAAUGGGGCAAAGGAGAUGUCGCUUUUAGGACUUUGACCAAAAAAAUGAAUUUGAAGCAUCCAGAGGCUAUUGGUAGCAACCGAUUGAGAAAACAUAUUGCUACUGUGAUGCAGAUCCUCAACCUAUCCAAACACGAGAAAAAACAAUUUUCAAAUUUCAUGGGACACACCGAGAAAACCCACGAAGAAUUUUACGAACUACCUGUGGAUAUAUAUCAAACAGCAAAAGUAUCUAAAAUACUGUUAAUGAUGGAUAAGGGUACUCUUCCAGCAGAGUAUAAAGGAAAGUCCCUGUCUGAAAUAAACUUGAAUGUUGAUGCAGAACUAGUUGAGGAGAACGAGGUUGAAGAGCUUGAUUCAACCACGAAAUAUGCUUCGGUAUCUUCAGCUUUUCGCGGAGGUUUCAAAAAUCAAUCACAAGAAACAAUGAAGACGAACAAAAAUCACAGUGAUGAUGGAGUUGAUAAGAUGGAGGAAGACGGUAUAAUAUUGAAACGAAGUGAACAUAAGAAAGGAGAUGUAGAGAAGAGUCAUGAUGGAGAGUUAAGGAGUACUGCUUGCAGGAAAGCUUGGACAGAUGAGGAAAUUGAAGUACUCAAACGAGAAUUUGGUGACUAUAUCAAGAAAAAUAUAUAUCCAUCAGGGGCAGAAAUAAAAGAAUUUAUGGAAAAAUGGCGACUGAACAGAAGCGUAAAAAUAAUCAAAUCCAAAAUUCAACAUCUAAUUAAAUUGAGCAACAAAGUUUAUUAAUUACUCCUUGUAUCCAUAGGUCAAGAAUAUGACAGGAUUUAUGUUAUUUCUGCAAUAAAUAUUUGAAACAAU